CGGCGAUGGGGCCGCGCUGAGGCAGGCAUGAGUUUAAGCUUGAAGGCUGUGGCUGUGACUAGCUCAGCUCCCCAGGAUGCCACACAAGAUCGGUUUCACUGUGGUCAGUUCGUCGGGACAUGAGGAUGGGUUCAGUGCUCGGGAGCUGAUGGUUCACGCACCGACAGUGAAUGGGUGGCGAUCGCCCAGGCUCUGUCAGUACCCCCAGGAAAUCAUCCUGCAGUUGGUGGAGAGGUGUCGGAUCCGGAAGCUGCAGCUGCUUGCUCACCAGUACAUGAUUGCAAGCAAAAUUGAAUUCUACAUCAGUGAAAGUCUGCCUGAAUACUUUGCUCCGUAUCAGUCAGAGAGGUUUCAGAGACUUGGUUAUGUCCCGCUCUCAGACAAUGAGAAGACUGAUUUCAGAGCUCGAGAGUUGAAAUCUGUGUACAUGGAUGCAGUUGGCCAGUACCUCAAGCUGAUUUUCCAUAAAAAUUAUGUCAAUAAAUACAACUUGUAUGGGCAGGUUGCCCUGGUAGCUGUCAACAUCAUCGGGGAUCCAGAAGACUAUGGCAAUGACAGCAUGAGCAGUCCUUCCAGAGAGAAGCUGAUAGAUCGCUACUUGGGAAUUAAAUUGGAUGACCCUGCCUUAGAUGGAACUUACCUUGGGAAACGUGACUCCAUUUCACCUCUGGAUGAUCUGGCCUUUGACAUGUACCAGGACCCAGAAGUGGCUCAGAUAAUCCGGAGGCUGGAUGAGAAGAAGCGUGAAGCUGUGUGUCUCGAGUACUACGACCAUGCCAAGAAGCUCAAACAGGCCAUUGCAGACUUGCAGAAGGUGGGGGAGAGACUCGGCCGGUACGAGGUGGAGAAGCGUUACGCUGUAGAAAAGGAGGAUUAUGACCUUGCCAAGAAAAAGAAGGAGCAGAUGGAUGAGUACAGGCUAAAGGUGUACCAGCAGCUGGACCUGCACGACCUCCUGGAUACAAAGCUGCUGAUCCAAAAGCCACCUGAGUUGCCUUUGGGAUCUGUGAGUAGCACUGAGAGCCCCCAGAGCUCCCCUCCUGAGCCCACAGACCCACCCCAAGGAGAGCCCUGGAGGGCAGAGCCUGUGCUGGAAGAGCAGUUGGUGGAUCCCACUUCUUCUGAGCUUGUUGCUCCCUCCCAGUCCCCUCUUUCUCCUCGGACUCAGCCCACAACCUCCAAGGAAGCGUUUUCCAAGGAAAAUGCUGAAUUUUUACCUUAUGAUGAGAGACCUCUCCCAACCAUCUGCAAGCAGGUGGAUGAAGCUGUUGCCUGCCUUGAGCCAGAGGUGACUGAAGAGGGCAUGGGUGAUACUCCAAGGACUGGCAAUACUGAGGAGCCUGAACUGCUCACAAAAAAGGCACUGAGGGAAGCCAGCCCUGUUGUGGAAGUUUUUGGAGAGACUUUGGUUUCAGGAGCGUAUUCCAGAACUUGGUCAUGUCGAGAGGACGCUUUACUGACUGUGUACAAGAAGCUGAUGGAAGUGUCAGUGGACACUCCAAAGGAGGAUUUAAGGAACAUGCUGAGGGCUGCUGUUUUCCUUGUGAGGAGGGCCAUCAAAGACACUGUGUCUUCAGUUUUUCAGGCUUCCCUGAAACUUCUAAAAAUGAUCAUUACCCAAUAUGUACCAAAACACAAACUAGGAAAGCUAGAAACUUCUCAUUGUGUGGAAAAAACCCUGCCACAUUUGCUCUCUAGAACAGGAGACUCUUCAUCCCGUCUUCGUCUUCUGGCUUCAACCUUCAUCCAGGAAAUGGCACUGUGCCCUGAAGUAAGACCUCUCCAGAUUAUUCCAGUCCACCUGGUUAAAACAUUAAAACCAAACUCCCCAACACACCUGGCAAUGAGUCAUGUGGAAUUGGUGGAAUCUCUCUUGCGAGCCAUGGGGACUGAAAACUCUGGGUUUACUAUCAACAAUGUCAUGAAGUUUGCCACAGGAGCUCUGGAGCACAGGGCUCAUGAGGUGCGUGAGGUGGUACUGCGGAUCAUCUUUGCCAUGUACAGGGAGCACAGGGCAGCUGUGCUGGAAUAUCUCCCACCGGACGAUGCCAACGCCCGCAAGACCAUGCGCUACAAAACUCUCUUUGAGGGGUUUGCCAAAAUCGAUGGGAAAUCUUCUGAAACUGAACUGAGGGCACAGAGAAAAGCAGCAACAGAAGCAGAGAAACAGAAAAAGGAAGAAAUGAAAGUUCUAAAAGGUCACCCAGCAGCUUUAAAGUUAGAGUUACAAGCAGAGGUUGAAGCUGAAGAGGAGAAAGAAUCUGAUUUUCAGAAGACAGAGGGUCAAGGUUACCAGGAAUAUGAAGGCCCCCGGGUUACAGCAGCAAAGAUUCAGGAGGAACUUUCCUCUGUUGCAAAUUACCUGGAUAACUUGUGUAUUUUUUGUGGUGAAAGGAAUGAAUCCUUCACAGAGGAAGGGUUGGAUCUGCAUUACUGGAAGCAUUGCCCCAUGUUAACCCGAUGUGAGCACUGCAAACAGAUGCUGGAGAUCUCCAGCCUGACGGAGCACCUGCUGAUCGACUGUGACCAAAGGGACAGCUUUGGGAGGUGCCCACGCUGCAGAGAGGCCGUGCCCAGGGACGUGCUGCCCAGACACAUAAAGAGCAGGGUUUGCAAUCCUGCCAGACCAGAAAAUACGGCAAACCACUGCCCUUUGUGCCAUGACAACUUUCCCCCUGGAGAGGAGGCCUGGAGAUCUCACCUGAUGGGCAGAGAUGGCUGUAAAAUGAACCAGCGGAGGACAUCCCCCAUGAACAAAACCAUUGUGGUGCAGCCUGCCAAAGUGGGUGGCCACUAUUUAAGGAAACCGGGUCCUUCAGGGGCAAAAAUUCAACCUCCUUCAAUAGGAAGCAAGAUCAGAACCCGAGAGGGCCCAAAUAAAAGCAGUGGCAAAACAUACUCAAAGCGAUGA